AGUUAUAAAUUUCGCAACAUAAACAAUAUCCAUUACCCACCAAAGAAAACCCGCGCGAUCGAAAGGGGCCAGUGGGCAUCACAGACCUCCGCCAAGUCGUCGCAUAUUCUUCGUUGCCCAUCAGUUGCAGUUUCCGAAGCAACGAUUUCUUGCUUCCCACUGUCUAUUAUUCCCACAAGUCACCGAAUUCUCAUCAGAGUAAUUGAAUUAAAUGAGUAAUGGUUUCAUCUAGUGCUGUUGGUUCAGUUGUAUCCUCUAAUCAACAGUUGCGAAGCUAGGACAAUGGUGGAGCGCGGACGCCAGUAGUUUGCGACCGUGAUUGGCUGUUUGGGUUCUGUCGGCUACCAGCUAAAAUGCGCUCCAAGGAUAGGAUCUCCUACUUUUACGAUGGGGACGUGGGAAGUGUUUACUUUGGUCCAAAUCAUCCAAUGAAACCACAUCGACUCUGUAUGACUCACCAUCUUGUUCUCUCAUACGAGCUUCACAAGAAGAUGGAAAUUUAUCGUCCACACAAGGCAUAUCCUGUGGAGCUUGCUCAGUUCCAUUCGGCUGAUUACGUGGAAUUUCUGCACCGAAUAACUCCCGACACUCAACACUUAUUUGCUAAUGAGCUGGCUAAGUAUAAUCUUGGAGAGGAUUGCCCUGUCUUUGAGAACUUGUUUGAAUUCUGCCAAAUAUAUGCGGGUGGAACAAUAGAUGCUGCACGCAGACUAAACCAUCAACUAUGUGACAUUGCUAUAAAUUGGGCUGGUGGCUUACAUCAUGCUAAAAAGUGCGAGGCUUCUGGGUUUUGCUACAUCAAUGACUUGGUCUUGGGGAUACUUGAACUUCUAAAAUAUCAUGCUCGUGUUUUAUAUAUUGAUAUAGAUGUGCAUCAUGGUGAUGGGGUAGAGGAAGCAUUUUAUUUCACUGACAGGGUGAUGACUGUUAGUUUUCACAAGUUCGGGGACAUGUUUUUUCCUGGAACUGGUGAUGUUAAGGAAAUAGGAGAAAGAGAAGGCAAGUUUUAUGCCAUUAAUGUCCCACUAAAGGAUGGAAUAGAUGAUGGUAGCUUCACCAGACUUUUCAGGACAAUUAUCUCCAAGGUUGUUGAAAUGUAUAGACCAGGCGUCAUUGUUCUUCAGUGUGGGGCUGAUUCGUUGGCUGGAGAUCGCUUAGGCUGCUUCAAUCUUUCUAUUGAUGGUCAUGCUGAAUGUGUUAAAUUUGUCAAGAAAUUUAAUUUGCCUUUACUGGUUACUGGAGGUGGAGGUUAUACCAAAGAGAAUGUAGCUAGAUGUUGGACCGUUGAAACAGGAGUUCUUCUGGAUACAGAGCUGCCUAAUGAGAUCCCAGAAAACGAGUAUAUCAAAUACUUCUCUCCAGACCAUUUGCUAAGAAUUCCAAAUGGGCAUAUGGAGAAUUUAAAUACGAAAUCUUACCUUAGCACGAUCAAAACACAAGUCUUGGAAAAUCUCCGUUUCAUCCAACAUGCUCCAGGUGUACAAAUGCAAGAGGUUCCUCCUGACUUCUAUAUUCCUGAUUUUGAUGAAGAUGAGCAGAAUCCUGAUGAGCGCAUGGACCGGCAUACCCAAGACAAGCAAAUCCAGCGGGAUGAUGAAUAUUAUGAAGGAGAUAAUGAUAACGAUCAUGAUAUGGAUGAUGUGUGAAGUUCAUGCUCAAGUUUUUUUUUUUUUAAUAGAUGACCGACUUCGAUAGAAAGAAAGCAUGUAAAUAGAUCGAAUUGUUUAUUAUCUCUGUGUAGCGGUAGGUUUUCUCUUUACCUCUAUCUGGAAAAAGAUCUUAUAAGAUUUUUGUUGGUGGUAAAGAAAAUGUGAUAGACUGGACAAUUUAAACACAAUACAAACCAUGAAAUUGGUAGUUUCUUAAAGUUCUUGGUUUAGGUUUGGAACUUUCUGAA